UCGUCAAGCUGUGGUUCAGAAAUUAUCGAAAAAUGUGGUACUUAAAGAUCUGUUUAAUUGUCUCGCUCUACAUUAACUCCGCUACAUGCGAAGCACCCUAUGCCGCCGCAGGAUGGCGUCCACAACACCCUUUCAAUCUGCCCAACGACUAUCUGCCGCCAUCACGUGACGUAGGAAAGGAGCGCCAGAAACAACACCAACGCACAUUUGCUGUGGAGAUCAAUAAAGAACGUGUGGACUACGCCGGUCAAAUUCAAAAUAAUAUUUUCAAUUCAGCCAACAGACAACCGGCAAGUACUUAUUUGUCACCGCGAAAGCAAAGCACUGACGUUUUGAAAGUUCAACGGCCACCUUAUCAAAAACCAGCCCCACAAUUUAUACUGCAAUCAUCUGGCCCUCGACCACAACAGUCAAAAGAAGCGCAAGUUUUCCAAAUAUCAGGAACACAAGAGCAACAGCAACGCAGAGAACGUCUUCCUUUGCGCCUCAAUCAACAACGGCAAUUUUUCCCUCUCGUAGAACAACAGCAGUCUGAAUUUUCCAAGCCAGCACAAACAUAUGGGCCACCAAGUGGUGCACAAGAGCAGAAAUUCACCAUCAACUAUCCCGAUUCCCGUGACUUGGAGCCUCAACAGGCAGACAGUGACGUGGAAGAAGGUGCACGUAUAGCCGUCGAAGCUCUCAAUUUAGCUGCAGAAGCUUACAACCGGCAACAGGAGGGAGAAAUAGUGAGAAGUGAUGAUGAUGCAUCAGAAGCUGAUGUUCAGGAAGUUGAUGCCGACAGUGCAAAACCGUCAAGUGGCGGAUAUCCUGCAUCACGCGCAACUCGUGGCCAAUACUAUGUUCUAGGGCCCGACAAUCGCCUGCAGUUGGUGCGUUUUACUACCACGCAGAGUGAGGCGGAAGCGCGAGGUAAUGGUGGUUUCACAGCACAAUUACGCUACACGCCAGUGGGCGAAAUAAACGACCCAGUUUUUAAAUAUAAUAGUCGCGGGCAGGUGGUGAGAGUUUUUAAGAAAUAAAAUUUAAAUCGUUUAAAAACAGCAUCAAUAUUAAAUUACUAAUU